ACUCAGUAUACUGAAUCCGAGCCAACCAGUUCUUGGUUCAGCCAAAUAAGGCCGAGCGCCAGGUAGGGUAACAACAAGUGCCAUCUUUAAACGUCUUUUGGUAUGACACGGUCGGGGAUCGAACUCCGACCUUCCGCUCUCCGGGCAGACACUCUACCACUAGACCACGGAGGCGGUGGGAUCUCCAGGGCAUCAUCUGGCUGACAGCGUAUCAUGAUCACUGACUGGACCGGCUUACACCACUGUCAAUCGCUUUUCCUCAUCCAUGUCAAAUCACGUUUUUCACAAAUGUCCUUUUAUAUCGCCGAUCCAUCCGCGAUGUUUAUUGAAUACCUUGGUGCAAUGACUACAUUUAUUGUGGUGUACGUCAUAGAAGAACGGUAAGUUCUGAAUCACUAUGUCUGUAUUGGUCACAAUACACUAGCUGCAGUCAUAAAACACAUACCUUCUACAUGUAUGUGGAAUGCUGUGUUUCAAGGUAGAUUCUUGGCCUGUAUCAGGUUCACUCUUAAGGUUUGACGACUCAAGGAAUUCCAGCACAGCUUAAGGUGUGAAUUUUUAUUCUUCUGUAAUCUGUAUUAUUUUAGAAAAUAUAUCAAGAUAAUAAAAAAUCUGCGAGUUUCUUUAAACAGCAGCGGCGCGAAAUAUGCGUAUGGAGGAAUGGGGAUGUGUGGGUCUUAAUGGGAAAACAAAGCUCGUAAUAAAUGUAGGGACAUAAUUUAUGUUUGAAUAAAGAUAUCUUUAAAGAUAUAUUUUCAGUGCUGUGAUAACUUACAUGACAUUUUAAUGUAUCUAAUUUAUUUCGAUUCCUUUCAAAAUGAAAAACAACAGAACGUCUUUUUGUUCAUUUUUCGAAUGUUGACUUGAAAGACAUGCAUGUAGAGAUAAUUUCGAUAUUUAAAGACAUUUCCGUUUAGGGAUUGAACUUCAGAGCUCAUGCUGUGAACGGCUGAAACACCUCUAAUAGAUGAGACAGGCGGAGUUAUGUCCCUUGUUUGAUAAGCAAAAUGGCGCCGCCACUAUAGUAACGCUACAGCGGCGGCGGCGGAUAUUUUCCUCGCCGAAAACUGGCUAUUAUCCAUGGCUACAGAGUUCUUUUAAAGGUGAAAAUGUAGAUUUUGUGUUUAAGUUGGAGAUAACAUAUUCCUGAUGUCAGAAGAACUUCCUUGACGCUCAACCAUGACUUAGAAGUUUAGACCUGUCUGACUGCAAGACAUUUUAGCAAAAUUCAUUCAUCAUAAUAAAUUUUGCUGCAAGUCAUGCGACCUGACGAAUAGGUGGAAGUUUUAAAAUACACAAACAAAAAUAAUGUCUUUCAAUAAAACCUUAAAGAAAACUCUGCUUCAUGCAUGGAUCCGACUAACAUUUGUAAAUUUUGCAUAAAGCUCAAGUAAGGUGAUGUUUGAACGAUUUGAAUCAGAUUUGUGCACAGAUUCCCGCGGAUAGAAUCUGUGCUUCUCAUUUUACAAAAUGCAUAAAAUAGCCUCUAUGUAUAACCAAGAUGUGUGUAAGUCGUCUAUGAGUAUCCAUCAUGCGAUGCAUACAAUUAAGUUACGGAAAGGGGCGAGUGGUGACGGAUCAAGUCGAAUCGCGUAUCACGGAAAGAAACGAGAGGUACCGAAUGAACUUGACAGUUAUUUUAUAAAUUGGACUGACCCAACCUUACACCCCAUCUUAUGAGAAAAGUGGACUUGCCCUUAGUUACCCACAUAUCGUUGCUAAUCGCUUUCUCGACCGUCCGCACAUCCUCUAUAAAUUACGUAACAGACGCACAACGGCUUCUUCUUCACUGUAUCUCGUCAGAGAAACAUCGAAGUAAUCUCUCGAAAAAUCCUACGCUGUGACCACAUAUUCCUGAGCUGUCUGCUGAAUUCUUCCUGAUGUCUCGGAGACUUGUCUCAGGAUCGCGUCCCUCUGGGACACCCAGAUCUUACCACUACCUCCCUCCCCAUGUUCGAUCCUCCAACAAGCGUCAGCCUAGAGGAGGCGUCUCCCCCCUCAACCGCCCUAUCCCCAAGCCCCAGCGUAAAAUCUCCCUGAACUGCCAGAGAGACCUGACCCAGAAACACAAGCCUAAGGCUGUGAAGGUACUGAAAUUAUUCCGGAAAAUGAUGACCCAGUAUAUGGCAUCAGUGAAAUCAGUUUUAGAGAGAAAAGAUGGAAUCUAUCAAACUGCCGGGCUUUAUCAUCUGAAAACGUAAUCAAUCAUCAGUAAAAUCUAUCUAAACACUCACAGUAGCGGUUCUAUACCACAAGGAUCCUGUUUCUUCUGGUAAUUCCUUCACGAAAAUAGGUCUUAAAAAUCCACUUGUGACCUUUAUCCUUUUGACCAGAACACUGUAAAUCAACUGAGCAAAAGGCCAAACUACAUUGUGUAAAUAAUUAAAUUUAAUUUUUGAUAUUGUCAUGACCUAGAAGUGUCCCUCUGUCAAGAAAUCUGCUGGCCGCCCUCACACCUUGGACUACAGCAAACCCAGCUUUAAACGUCCACAGGUAGGACCUCAGUCAUGGGUGCUGUGACCUCAGAAUGUCGUUCCCCAUAGUGUAGGACCUCCAUUAAUGACACUGUGGCCUCAAACAUCAACAUCAACAAUAACUAAUAAUAUUAUUUUCAACAUAAGUCAUUGCAAAACCUUAUCCUGUUGGAGGCAGUUUGCGUUUUUCUUACUUCAAGGUUUUUCUUACUUCAAGGUUAUUACUGUCAUUGGGUUUAUUGGGGUCAAUGGAAUUUUGUGUUUUUCUUUCACUGUAUUUUCUCACAAUUUUUUUAAUAUAUUUUAGGAAAGGGGUCUCCAGGUUUGGUAUGAUGAAGACAAGGUUAGUACUGUCAUUAAUGCAAGGCAUUAGCUAUGGCUUUAUGAGAAGUCUUUGCUUCAGUAUUUAUGUAUUGUAAUAUGAAGCCUCUCUAACUUCACAUUAGCUUUGGGUAAAUUGCAAUUCCCCAUCUACAUGUUGCCCCUUAUGGUUCUAAUACAAUACAACAGACUUGUCACGGGUUGGAUACAUAUGCUCAGCUCAGCCCUCAUCACCAGAUGUUCUGCCCAUUCUAGGAUGACAAGGACUCUCCACGCCUGCAUCCCUCGAGCAGGAAUAGCCGUCCCAAGGAGCACCAGGCUGAGGACAGUCUGGUUCCGGAAGAUGAUCACUCUCCUCAUCUGCCUCCUCCCUCAAGGAGGAGCCGCCACACCAAGCGAAAGACAGACCACCGCAUCGAGAACCAGCUGGUUCCAGUCUUUGCCCGGAUGAGUCUGGAGGAGGUCUCCAGGUCUGAUGCUUCUGCUUCUGCUUCUGCUGCUGCUGCUGCUGAUGUUGCUUCAGAGAAUCAGGAGGCUUCUACACAGAAAGCCCAGGAGUGUUCUCGCAAGAGGAAGCUCGGUGAUCUGAAGCAGGAGUUGAGCAACAAGCAGCGCAAGGUGGAAGCCUCCCGUCAGGAACUCCAGGCCAUCAUUGACAGGAAGCUGAAGGAGCUGAGACAGGAGAUGGUGGAGCUGAAACAGGAGGUGAAGGAGAGGGAGAGGAAGGAGAGGGCAGCCUUCCAGGUUACCAUGGAUACACAGAGUGGCCGACGCAAGGUGUGGAGGAGAAAGCAAGGCAACUCCUCUGCACAGAAGACGUCCACCCAGCCACGCCCACUAAAGAGACUGCCUGACAACUCCCAUCAUUCAGGGAGCACCGAGGCAGCCUCGCAGUGACACUUCAGUGGUAAGUUGGAGUGUGCAUGUUAGCAUUAAUAUUGUUGAAAGAUGGAUAGGUAUACAAGUAGGUGUCUGUACGUAGUAGAGUGGAUGGUUCUAUUUAUGGUUGGGUGAAAUUAGAAAUUGUGGGUGAGUGAGAAUUUGUAUGUCUCAGGUUGAGUAGAUGAGUUUUUUAUGGUGGUACGCUUGGUUGGAUGUAGAAAGUGGGUGGAAGGGUGGUUUUAUGUAGGUGGGUUAAGUGGGUGAAGUAGUGGUUUUAUGUAGGUGGGUAACGUAGGUGGAGUGGUGGUUUUAUGUAGGUGGGUUAAGUGGGUGG